AUGGACGAUGUUUUGGACGAAGUUGUACCGUCGGAGGAUUUGCAAAAAUUUGAAAAAGUUUAUCAUGAACAGCUACACCAAGGUAGAGUAACUCCCAAGGCUCAAUUUGAGUAUGCAUGGUGUCUUGUAAGAAGCAAAUAUGCUGCAGAUAUUAGAAAGGGUAUUUUGCUGUUAAAGGAUCUCUUUAAUUCACAUGCAGAGGGCAAACGGGACUACCUCUUCUAUCUGGCCAUUGGCAAUGCUAGGAUCAAGGAGUACAAUAAGGCUCUUCAUUAUGUAAAAGCGUUUCUGGAAAUAGAGCCAGCAAAUCAGCAAGUGUUAUCAUUGGAGCGCCAGAUUAACAAGAGAAUGGAGAAAGAAGGCAUGAUUGGUAUCGCACAAGAAAUAGCAUUUGGCCUUUCUAAUGAACGCUUUAUUUGGCGCUCAUUAUCUUCUGUCGAAAAAGCUAAAAAAGGAGUAGUGUGCUUGGUGUAA